GCACAAAUACAGAACCUCACUGAGCAGAUAUCUCAGGCGAAAUUAGAACUCGGCCAGGCCGCAGAGGAGCAGGAGCGUACCGUCAGCUUGAUGCAGGACAAGGUUAACGAGGUCGAACGCUUGCGCUCUGAACUCUUGCACGCUGGUGAAAAGUACGCAGCCUGUGAAGAACGCGCAGGAAAAAUCAAGGACGCGGCAAAGAAGGGGAUGGACCAUCUCAGCCGAGGGCAUACAUAUUUCUCCUUUUCUUUUAUUAUGUUCGAUGAACUCAAGUUACGUUUCGAUGUCUCUCAGGACAAUCUUCAGCGCACGAAGGAUGAAAUUGAGUUAUUGAAGUCCACUUCUGGACGGCAAAUAAAACUCGUUGAAUCCCACCUGGAUGAAAAUGGCCGUUACCUUUAUAAAUCUGCUGAAACUCGGGACCUGGUCUCUGAGUUGCAGCAAGACCGCAACAGUUCUCAACAAGUCAACGAUAUCUUGCGCGAAAAGCUCCAUUCAUUGAGCGCACAAUUAGUGGAAUCGAAGCAGAAGAUCGCUGAGCUGGAACUGCGACAAUUUGAGGAAGGAGCGCGUUGGAGUCGACGUGGUGAAACAUGGCAAAGCCUUGAAUGUAAAAUGGAGGAACUUGCCGACAAACUAGCAAAGCGAGAAGGCGAAGUCUUUGAAGGACUGAUAGAAAGUGCAAAUUUAUCGACUGCUCUAAACAACGCCAUCGAGAAGCAUGACUUGUUUCUUUACGGUUGGAUCCGUUUUUAA